CCCCCCCCUUCUCUUCUUCACCAUCUUGUGGUACCGCGACAAAGACUGACGCUGACUAGCUUCCCAUAUGCUCUCAGAGAGCCGUAUGCGCCACAUGGCACGGGAGGCUGAGAUCAAUGCCUUGAUGGGCCGCAGGGAUGCACAUGGCAACCUGCUGAACGUCUUAAAGUGUACCUGCGGCGAGAUCUACCUCGAAGGUUCGCCAGAGCACCGUGCCCACAUGAGCCCGAACAUACUACUGCCGCCCAACCUCAGGGAGCUCGGAAACGACUACGGCCUUAGGGUGGACUUUAGGCACGCGCGGGCUGCGGCUGCUCUGCAACAGGUCUAUCGGGAGAAUGGCAUCCGCGCCGCGCAGAGGCGUGGUCAAGGGGUCUGGCGUGGUCGGGGAGGCCGAGGGGGUCCAGUGCCCCGAGGUCGUCCAGUGCCCCGAAGUGGUCCAUUGAUUCCACGUAGUCACCAAAUGAUCCCAGUUGAUCACCAAAUUGUCCCAGGUAGUCAUCAGGUGGUCCCAGGUGGUCAUCAAGUGGUCCCAGGUGGUCAUCAAGUGGUCCCAGGCAGUCAAAGAAUGCGAGGGGUCCGAGGGGCAUCACGGGCAGGAGGUUGGCAUCCCGGCGGGCGAGGUGGCCUGUCCGUGCCCUCCGUCGGCUACGUGGCGGACAUGCGCGCUGUCAAUGCUCUUCAGAGCAUGCGCGUGAGCGACGUCGAUGAGGAAUCCAGGGCGGCCAUGCAAGAGAUUAUGCGCGCGUGCAGCCGGUGAUGGGGAUUUGCCCGGACAUAAUGGACUGUACAGCGGCGGUGGACGGGAAAGGGGGGAGAGAAAGCGACAACAUGGUCAGAGCAAAAGGGGGGAUGAGCGUGCCGUGCAAAAAGGGUCCGGCACUGCGAUUAAUGAAUGAGCGACUGCGAGAAAGUGUGAGAUUCUGGCAGUGUACAGUACGAGAUGGACCCGAGUUGUUGUUACUUCUGCAAAUGUCAGUCGCGUUGAGCGUA